AAUAGUUUAUCAAGCGUAAUCUUUCAAAACAGAAAUCCUACAGUCAUCAAAAAAGAAAUUAUCGGUGUUAAACAAACUAAAAUGCCAAGAAGGAAGAAAACAGAUACAACUGAAGAUGGCAGUGGAGAUACAGUACCAACAAAGAAAUCUAAACUUGGAUCACAGAUUGAUGGUGUAACAGUCAGAUGGGAAUGGGAAGGAGACAAAUCUACCUGGACAAAAUACUCAGAGGAUAAAAAUGAAAGUAUUACUGAUGCUUUCAAUUCAAAGAAACCAUCUAUGAGUUUUGAUGUAGCUGGUGGUGCUAGUUUAGAGGUUGUCUUUGACAAAAUGGUACAGAAGAACAGUAAGACUGGGUGGUCAAGAAGGGUCAGAUUAGCUGUUAAAGAUGAUAAGAGUGAUGAUUACUAUGUUUGGCAAUGGGAGGAUGAGAAGGGUAAAUGGAUUCCAUACAAUGCUGAACAUUCUGUCGAAAUAGAGAAUGCCAGGAUUACAGGGAAGGAUCUCAAUAUAGUGGCUAACCACAGAGCUUAUGAUAUAGACUUUGCUCAAAUGGAACAGGUUAAUACAGUCACCAAUGUAGCUCGCACCAUUGAUCGAUGUAAAUCUGAUGCAGUUGAACCAAUAGAUUCACCAAAGAAGGCAGCACCUAAAAGAGUAUCAAGUAGAGGAGAUGCUGUGAAAGUGAAAGUAGAACCUGAGGAUGAACCUACGACCUCAAAGUCAGCUGGUAAAGGCAAAGGGAAAGCUGCUAAAAGUGGAGGGAAGAAAGGAAAAUCUGGUGCUGAUGAAAAUGGCUCUGAAGAAAAGGAAAUGGUGAAGACAGUUGUCAUUAAAGGCAAGGCACCUGUAGAUUCAGAAUGUACUCAGAUGUUAGGCAAAGCUCAUGUAUUUUAUGAAGGAAAAGAUAUUUGGGAUUCUAUGCUAAAUCAGACAAAUGUUGGGAACAACAACAACAAAUACUUUAUGAUACAGUUAUUGGAGGAGGACAGUAAGAAGUCCUACCAUGUUUGGUUUAGAUGGGGUCGUGUAGGUUAUAAAGGGCAAAAUAACCUGGUACCAUGUGGUACUAAUUUAGAUCUGGCUAAGAAAACAUUCUGCAAAAAAUUUACAGAUAAAACAAAAAAUGACUGGGCCAAUCGCAGCAAAUUUAUUCACUCCCCUGGGAAAUAUGAUAUGUUAGCCAUGGAUUAUGGUGAAGAUACCAAGGGAGAAGAUGUUGUAGAUACUGCUGUUACAAAAGAUAUGAAAUAUCCAGACUCAAAGCUAGACAAAAGUCUACAGAACUUGAUAGAUUUGAUAUGUGAUGUGAAGUCUAUGGAAGAUGCUGUCAAAGAAAUGAAAUAUGAUGCUAAAAAGGCUCCAUUGGGUAAAUUAACAACUGACCAAGUAAAGGCUGGUUAUGCAUCAUUGAAGAAGAUAGAAACUUGUAUAAACAAAGGAGAUUUUGGUCAACACCUGACACAAGCUUGUAAUGAAUUCUACACCAGAAUACCACAUACUUUUGGUAUGUCACAGCCACCAUUGAUUAGAUCAAAAGAAGAAGUAAAAGCUAAGAUUCAAUUACUUGAGGCAUUAAGUGAUAUUCAAAUUGCAAUUAAAGUACUGAAACAAGGAGAUAUGUCUGACAACCCAAUAGACAGACAUUAUAAAUCACUCAAUGUUGAUAUUGUUCCUGUAGAAAAAUCUUCAGAUGAUUAUAAGAUGGUAAAUGAAUAUUUGCUAAAUACACAUGCAUCAACUCAUAGUCAGUAUAAAAUGGAAAUAGUCAGUCUUUUUGAAAUGAAGAAACAUGGAGAAGAUAAAAACUUCAAAGAUCUUGGAAACAGACAGUUGUUGUGGCAUGGUUCUAGACUAUCAAACUGGGUUGGAAUUCUUAGUCAAGGUUUACGUAUUGCUCCACCAGAAGCUCCUGUAACAGGAUAUAUGUUUGGUAAAGGUGUAUACUUUGCUGACAUGUCCAGUAAGAGUGCUAACUACUGCUUUGCAUCAAGAUCUAAAAAUAUUGGUUGUAUUUUACUGAGUGAGGUUUCAUUGGGAAAAACAAAUGACUUAUUAGCAGCAGAUUAUAAGGCAGAUAAAUUACCUGCAGGAAAACACAGUGUAAGAGGCUUGGGCUCAAUAGGUCCAGACCCCUCAAUGACUAAAACUUUGCCAUGUGGAACGGUUGUACCCCUUGGUAAACCAGUUGACACCGGUGUGAAGAACCCAACAGGAUAUACACUGAACUAUAAUGAAUUCAUCGUCUAUAAUACUCAGCAAAUAAGAAUGAAAUAUCUUAUACAGGUUAAAUUCAAGUUUUAAAUGAGUUGGUGAUGUACUGAGGGGGAACUAGUUACAAAUGUUUACUUCUGUUGUUAGAACAAGUGAAUUAUUACACAUGUGUUAGUGAUAAGUCUCUGAAUUGUGCUUGACACUUAAAUAGAUGAACUUUGGGGUAAACAGUUAUUGUGUAGCCUCCUAGUUUUAUUACUAAUACCAUGUUGGCAUUGAAUAGGUGAGAAAAAUCUAUAAAUUUGAUGUAUGGGGUAUUAAUAUGUUGCAAGGCAUUGGCAUCAUGAACAAAGGGAGGAGGGUUGUUUUCAAUAGGUUUAUAAUUAUAAUCAUGAACAAAUGUAUUGUGAACAAAGAAAGGUUGUAUUUUGUUGAUAUUUUUAACCCAAAUAAUAUUUGUUUCAUCUUAUUAUUGAAAGGCAGUCAUAGAAAAAAAAACUGAUCACGCUUAUAAUUUGUAAACUAUAAGAUUUCAACAUUAGUAUUAGUUAUUUGUUGUAGUGCCUCACACUAAAAUGUACAAACAUUGUCCAUGAUGACCUGACAUUUAUUCUUGAGUCAAUUUUAUUAAUAACAUUUUUCAUUAAUGUGAAAUAUUUCAUCAAACUCAUUUUUAUCAACAACUUGUUUCAUCAAAUUUAAGAUAAAUAUUUGUUUGACAAUACUCAAAUGUUAUGAACUUAUCACAUGUUGUAACACCAUACAUCAUUCAUUGUUUAUGUAUACUGUUCUGUUAAGUUCUGUAGUUGUUAGAUUUGAAACCUCUUAAAAUAAAAAAAAAUAAACCUU